UUCAGAGUCUCUCUAUCUUUCUCUCUCUCUGAUUCAUUCUUGUUCUUUCCAAAUACACUUUCUGUCGAGGGAGCAUUUUGUGUGAACACACUUGAAUUCACCAUGUUUUUUAUUUUUAUAUUCGUAAACAUUUAACCUGUUGAUUGUUUUAAAGUUUUUUGUUAAAUGUUAAUUAUUUAAAUUAAAAUUAUAAAUACAUAUAAAUAUGUAUCAAUAUCAACCAAUAUGUUCAAUAACAUCAACAACAACCAAAUUAAUCGAUUAAAUAUGGCUGAGUGCGCCCUUAUUAAAUCUUCACAGUGUUUCCAGGAUAAAAAUCGGAUAAAAAAAGAUUUAACCAAAUUAACUAAAAACCUAUUGCUGCUUGUUGGCCUGGAACGUGUGGCUCAAGAACUUGUGGGUGGACGACGUUGGCGAAAGUUGACAGCUCCUUUCAACUCACUUGAACCCGAUGAAGUCCAAGAUUGGAGUCCAUCUGAGAUUUGUUAUUUUUGCAAUUCUGACAAACACGACUCUAAUCAUAACGAAAUUCUUAAACAUAACGACGAUUGUCCACUUUCUUCAACGUCCAAUGGAACCGAAUCAAGUCAAUUACAGUCAUCAAAUCAAUCAAUACAACCACCAACAAGCUGUUCAUGUUUACCCUCUAUUUCCAAUGGAAAUGAUAGCAACAUUCCCAUAAAUAUUCCCAUUAAUAUACCUGUUGUCCAGGCAUCAGCCAACAUUAAAUCCGUUACUGCCACUAGUAAUGUCACCUCAGAACAACCUUUGGACCUAAGUUUACAUUCCCGCUCAGCGUUGAUUCCAGAAGUUGACAAGUCAACGAAUCAUGUCAGUGAUACCUCUUCAUCUUCAUCACUUUUACGCAUUCCUCAACCAGUUCAGACCAAUACCAAACAAGGUUUGGUUUCAUUUUUCAACAGAAAGAAAAAUCGUCUGGAAACAACAGCAACCACAUCAUCAUCAUCAACAAGUAGCAACUGGAAGAGAGCAUACACUGAAGAAGAAUUACAACAAGCCUUGAAUGAUAUUCAGAGUGGUAAAUUAGGAACACGUCGAGCUGCGGUUAUUUAUGGUAUACCUCGUUCAACCUUGCGAAAUAAAGUUUACAAAUUAUCCUCUGAUCGGAUAAAUGUUAAACGAGGUCAAGGUUCGACAGCAAACAAUUCAACAGUCCAAUCAACAGCAGCUUCCUCCACUGGUUCAACUGGACCAGCUUUCUCCACAGUCAAAAUACCCUCUAACCUACCUGCUUGCGCUGCUGUAGCUGCGGCUGCAGCGGCUGCAGCAGUAGCAGCAGCUAAUACAACAAUUGAUUCAGCAUCUCCUUCCCCAUCAACCACCACCUCUGGCACUGCCAACCUGUUGCACAGAAAGUCUAUUUUACCUGUGCGUACUGGCAAAGAGAGUGUCUCUCGUAAUAAAACUGUCUUAGCUUUGAGAAGAUCGAUGAAAAAGACUGUUAAUGAUGAGGAGGAAACUUUGGAAUCGCGCUUAUCUUCACCAAUUGUUCCUAAAAUUACUGAUAGUCAUUUAAAUGAUGUUAAAAAUGAAGAAGACGACGACGAUGAUAAAAAUAACGAUAGUAACUUAAUUCAGAACGAUUUGAAGCAAUUUCUUAAGCGAACUAUCACUCAAAGGGCAGCUAAUGCAAAACCACUUGUUUCAUCUGGAGUUGAUUCAUUUUCAUCAUCACUCGACCUUAAUAACCCUAAAACUGGCACUGAUGCUAUCAAUAUGGGACCAACAAUGCCAAAUAUUUUCACCGAUCCUUUAACAACUUUGCAGCUGUUAUCGUCAAUGGACUGCGGUAAUGCCAUAGGUCCAUUGAUUUCCCAAAUACUUUUGAAUGUCCAUGCCUUUCCUCUUGCCAACAGUGUCAGUAACCUCAUAAAUAAUAACUUUAACUAUAAUAACAAGCCCACCGAAAACAUGGACCUAAAUAAUAGUUUAUCUGGAACAUUGCCUUUAUUGCCAGAAUUAAUUCGUAAAUUAGCUCAAGAACGUUUGGAGGCGGAAAGAUUAUCCGGAUCAAAUGAAACCCAAGAAAGGUCAAUGGAUGGAAAUUGUGAUAGUAAUGUGAUAUUAAAGGUUCCGUCCUACCAGCCUAAAUUGAACCUUGAUGCCGUAAACAAAAAAGAAGAUAUAAAUAAUAAUAAUAUUAAACAAGAAGGAUCCAUCUCCAAUCAUUCCAAUAUUGGAGGAAUAAAUACUAGCUCUAGUAGUGGUGUUAGUAACCUUUCUAGUCAUAGUCUGGGUGAUUUAAAUGUUAACAUGGUCAAAGAUGAAAACAAUAAUGGGAUUGAUGAGAAACGUUUUAAAUUAUUUCCUGUUAAUUCAGACGAAUCAAGUUCAGAUGCCUUAAUUAAUGAAAAUGCCAAGAAUUACAACUUUAACCGACGAAAAGUUGAAAAACGUAACCCAACUGAUUUAAAAAGCAGUGAUCAAAGUGCCCCAUCAAACCCUGAUCUUAAAAGAAAUCGUCCGAAACGUGGACGUUAUCGCAACUAUAAACGAGAUGACCUGGCUAGAGCAGUUAGAGCGGUGCAAAUGGGAGAGAUGAGUGUUCAUCGAGCAGGAACUCAUUUUGGUGUUCCUCAUUCGACUCUGGAAUAUAAAGUUAAAGAGAGGCAUUUAUUGAGGCCCAAAAAGAGGCAAACUACUUCAACCUCAGGAGCAGCAUCGUUAAUUAAGAAAGAAGAUGGACAUAGUUUAAUAAUACCCAAAACUAAUUUACCCGAUCCUUUAGUUUUGGCUCCUGGUACUGGACCUUUAAAUCCUAAGCCAGCUGGUCUGGUAACCCAAUCACAACUACAACCUCAACCUCAACAGCAGCAGCAGCAACAACAACAGCAAUCACCAAUGGAAGGAUUAUCUUUGGUUAAUCAAGUUAAUCACGCUUCUCUCUGGCAGUCUGCUCUACCUUUGUUUCCAUUAGACUUCGGGUCAUCACAAAAUAGCACCAAUUUUUUCGCUUCCAAUAUAAUGAGGAAAUUGAAAGAGAAUGCACAGUUACAAGAAGAAGCUUUCAACAACAAUUCCAAUGGCAGUAAUAAUGCCAAUAAUGUUUCCGGUUUUAGUGAUUCCAAUUCAAUGGGACCAACUAGUUUAAAAGAUAGAGAAUUUAGCAGUUUAUUGAUGGAAACAUUGAUUAAAUCAUCCUUGGAAAGGAAAACGUUAAAUUCUAUGUCUUCAGCUAACAGUGACAGUGAUAGUCGAUUGAACCGAAACACAUCAUCAUCAGUUCCUUAUCGUUAUCAUAAUGAAGAUUAGUUUGGAUAUUAAAUUGUCUUGCCUUUUGUUUUUUUUUGUUUUUGUUUUUUACCUCUGUAGCAUUGUUUUGACAACCAUAUUAAUUGUUAAACUUUGUUAAAAAAAUUGAUAGGGCCCUUUAUUAACCUUUCAAAUUUGAUUAAUCAACAAACUUGUUAAUGACGGUAAAUUGUCCAUGAAAUUAAGUUAUUUAAUGACAAUUUAAAAUAUUGAAUAAAGAAUUACUAUUUUGGAACCAUUUUAAGUACAACAAAAGAAACAAAAGGUGUUAUAAAGUUACCUAAAUGCAAUCAUA